CGCAGCUGAUGCUGCUUCUGAUCCCGGCGAUGCUCCCGGCUCUGAUCCCAGUUUUGAUCCCGGCGCUGAUCCCGGCGCUGGCCGAUGCCGCGGCCGAGCGGGAAUAUUCAUUACCUUAUACACCACGGUUUGCAAAAUGCAACGAUCCCAGGACUGAAUUCUAUGAUGAAGAACUUAAUAAAUGUUGCAGCCAGUGCCCUCCAGGUCAGUAUAGGACAGGAAGCUGCAGUCACACCGUGGACACCAAGUGCAGCCCCUGCAGAGCUAAAACCUACACAGCGAUCUGGAAUCAUUCUCCACAGUGCUUUGCCUGCUCACCACCCUGCAGGAAAGGGCUUGUACAGAACCAAACAUGCACGAGGUCCCAGGACAGAAUCUGCAGCUGCCCACCCCACAAGUACUGUGUUUCCAAGCUAGACGAGUACUGUGAGGUGUGCAGAGCACAUAAAAAAUGCGCCAAAGGUUACCGGGUUUCCAGAAGAGGGACAGACAGCACAGACACAGAAUGCAAACCUUGUCCUCCUGGCACGUUCUCCCCUGAGGAAUCCUACAACACCAGCUGUACACCCCAUACUGUUUGUAAAUCAGUGGCUGUUCCUGGGACCAGCAGGAAUGACACUGUUUGCAGUGACUCAGGAACAGCCACAGUUCUGCCUCACACCAUUUUGAACCAACUUCUGACCCAAAGCUCAGAUUCCCACAAACCUGAAAUAGUAACUCAACCUGUCAGGUUAAACUCUGUACCUGACCUGUCCCACAUCACUGGAGCAGUUGCAGGGCCGUUGUUAUUAGUCCUAAUAAUUGUUAUUUUGGGGUAUUGCUUAGUCUCAAAAAAGAAAGCCCUUGGGUACUCUGCACCAGCUACAGAAGCAGAUUUGCCUGUUCCCCCUCCAGAAAAACAGUGUGACAAAAAAGUGAGAGAUACAGAAUUGCAGAGUUGUGAACUGGAGCAACAGCAUCUCUUGGAAACUUCUGGGUCCAGCAGUAGCAUCCUGAAUAAUCCAGCUGGAUCUGCAAGCAUCAGUGUAUUAAGUAAAAAGAAUCAUGAAAAGAAAAACCCAGGAGGAUUUCAGCAGCAACAUUCACCUCCAGAAGGUUCUAAACUUCAGAGUGGAGACAUACACAGCUCUGCAAGUUCAGAGCACUCUGGUAAUGGAGGAACGCAGGUGAAUGUGAUGUGUAUUGUUAAAUUUUGUAACCCAGACUGCAGCUCCCAGUGCCCUGAGCAGACUGAGUCAACUAGCAGGGAUUAUGGACACACUCCCUGUUAUUCCCCAACAGGGGAAGAAACUCUCCUUUCAAAAGAAGAGAAUGCUUUGAAAGAAGAAACUGAAAUUCACAUUGCAGUAGAAAAUAAGGACAAUUUACUUCAAGACUUACUUCCAUAGGAAAAGAAGGUUCCUCUGGGUAUUCAAGAUGCUGGGAUGAAAACCAGUUAAAGGAAAUUAGAGAUCAUAUGCUGAUUGACUGAUAAAAUUCAUCUAACAACCUCGUUUUAUAAAACAAACAUUAUGGUAAAUGCAGCUUUCUUACAGAGAUUUGAAAUUUCAGAUGAAUAUAGACACUGAUGGUUUUGAGGUUUCUAGUGUCUUCUGUCGCUUUGCAGUUUAAAAAAAAAGGCAAUUCAAACUUAUAAAAAUUGAAUGGCCAACUCCUCCCUUUCUUCUGUGAUACCCUAAAAGGACCUUUCUGAGACUUGAAAAGGAAUGUUUUUUGAACUUUAUGCUGUUUUCUCCUGACACUUCUUGUGAUGAUGAUUUUUAUUCAAGGUCUGCCAUGUGUCAAGAACAUACCUGUGAUCAGCAAAGACUGGAGUUAAAUUAUCAUUCUUUCAAUGCUCAGGAAUUUGGUUUUUCUCAUUAUCAGACCAAAUAUUUCAACUACAUAUAGAAUAUCAGGAAGUGAAAUCUUUUACACAGGCUUUUUUUACAACUGUUAUGUCUAAACAUCAGCCUUUCAGUGCAUGUACAUAGUUCAUUUUGUUUUAGAAGGAAAUCCUGGAUUGAACUGUUGUUAUCUUGGAGCAGGAAGUAAAUUCCUUCUGUUGACAACCCUAGAGUUUGUCACCUUUGUGUCCUGGCUGAUGUAACAUGUGUCCCCAAUGGAUCCUGACUUCAUUUUUGAGGUAAAGCAUAAAUCCAAAGUAUUUUCCCUGUGUUCAGUGAGUAUUAGAGCAGAUCCCUGUGAUUAUCUUUGCCAGAUAGCUCACUCCCCUCAGGUGGCAGAACAUCAUCUGCAAUAAAUGGAAUUUACUCAAACCUUAGAACCUGAAAAUCCUGCUCUCCUUCACUGCUUGAUGAUGCUGGAGCUCCAACCACCUUUUAUAGAAAAUUAGUGGAGGUUCUCCUUGAAUUAAAUGGUUUGGAAGCCAAUAUUUAGGAACCCACUUCCCAUAAUUAUAUUUCACAUCUGUGACUUACCUGUCAAUUGUGGUGACUGUGUUCAACUGGAAUCUGCAAUCCAGAGCCUGAAUCCCAUGGGAGUGAAGUCCUACAGUGACACAUAACCCUUGUCUUAUGCCAUAAAAUCCACUGUUGGAUUAUGUGAUCACUGUACUUCCCCCUGAACUGUCCUAAUCUAUCUCAAGAUAGACACAUUAGUUAUUUCUGAGGCCUGAGAUGUAAAAGGAUCUUUUGGAAUAACAUUUAUUAUAUUGCCACAAAAGAGUAUUCAGAUUCUGAAAACACAAAUUUUAAACUUCCACAAAAGCUAUGAUAUUAUAUAAACUGUUAUUUCUGGAACUGAGAACUGACAAAACAGGUCUGUACUUCUACUAUGAACAAACCUUUUGCAAAUAUGUAUUAAACUUACACUUGAAGGUAAUUUUCAGGAAAGACUUUGAAAAUGGGUACAAUGAAACUACAACAGAACUGAAGUAUUUAGGCAAGAACCUAACUUUUCACAGCAUUGAGCCCCUUGAACUGUAAUAUUUCUGUCAGCCAAUUUUUGCUCCCUCAACUCCCACUAUUGGGGCCAUAUUGAAGCAGCAAAGAAAGAUUUUUGACGUUCAAAAUCAUUACAAAGGAGGAUCCUGUUACAAUAGCUAAUUUGCUGAGUUUUCAAAUUAAGGGACUGUCACAGAGGGAAAGUCCAAGUUAUAUGUUGAAGUAGGAAAAAUGAGCAUGCAUUUGCUUAUAAAAAGUAAAAAAGAAAAAAGAGAAACGUACCUUUUUAGAAAUACAUGUAUUCUCAAGUUUCCUGACCUCUUUAUUAAACAAAAUUGGGAUUUC